AUGACAGAGCAGGAACUGGCACACCUUGGCCAGGACCACUGGGAUGUGAGAGGCAUCAACAGCUCAAUACCAAGGUCACGCUAUGAGUCCAAAUCAUACAAGAAGAAGCUGUGGAACUCCUUAGAACUGUCCAAUACUCUCGUUGUAGAGAAUGUGACCGUAAAUGACACAGGAGAGUACAUCUGCACAGCCUCUAGUGGUCAGAUGCAGAAGAUUGCCCGAGCAGCACUCAUCGUCUAUAAGAAACCAUUUAUAGCGCUCAAUGAUCAGAUGUUGCAGACUGUGGAGGCAACUGCUGGCCAAGAAGAGGCAAAAAUCCUGGUUAAAUAUUAUGCUUAUCCAGAGCCCUAUGUCAAGUGGUAUAAGAAUGAUCAGCUGAUAGUGUGGAAGGAUGAGUACAGGAUGAAGCCCAACAGAGGAUCUCUCACAAUAUAUGGUGUUACAGAGAAGGAUGCUGGGAAUUACACUGUUAUCAUGACAAAUAAGAUUACCAAGGAGGAGCAGAGAAGAACAUUUCAACUAUUGGUUAAUGUUCACCCUAAGAUCUUUGAGAAGGAAGUGCUGUUGGAUCGAGAUGUUCAUAUGUAUGGCAGUAGCCCUACACUCAGAUGCACAGCUAGUGGAGGAUCCAGCGCUGUCACAAUACAAUGGCAGUGGAUGCUGAGAGAGGACUGCCCAGUCAGAUUUCUGUAA